GAAUAGAAUUUGAUCAUUCAGUUACAUUUUUUAUAAUUUUGUUUUAUUUUUUCAUCUCUCAACUGUCCUUUGCCCUGUUUGCACCUUUUUGGCACCUCCAAUACCUUACAUAAAAGGUUUAUGGCUUUAUACUAGCAGCUUCCUGAGCCACACUUAGUGGAUUUAACUUGGGACUUGGGGGACCAAAGGACUGGAACGCAGACUUGAACAAGAACUUUACCGACAGAUGCAACCAACUUUAUACCCUGAGUCUGACCAUGGUUCUAACCAAGGAGAAAGUAGAGAUUCUGGGGUUGAGCUUGAUAACCAUUUAAACUCUCACAAUCUCCACAUGGAUUAUUCACCUGAAGGGCAUGGAUUUGAGGAACAUAGCCAUCAGAAUAAUGAUCUAUUCGGGAACACAAGCUCAACUUCAGAAGAAGGUGAAAUUAUGAAGAAGGAAAGAGAAAUAAUUGAAAUGCUAGAAAAAGAGGAACAGUGGCGUUAUGGUACUAAUACUAUACUUUCACCCAGUCACCAUCAUCAAGUUGGAGAGAAACUCGCAGCAAAAUUAAGAGAACUUGAACAAGAAAAGUUACGUCUUGAAUGGGAGCGGGCUGAAGAGUCACGAAAAGUUGCUGCUGAACAAGCUGCACGUCAAGAGGAUCAGAGACGCAUUAGAGCCAAAGAAGAACAGCUCAGACAACAAGAGAGUAUUGUUGGUAGGCUCCCUGCUGGUGUACCAUUCAACUGCAACCCUUCAGACAUGAAUUUGGAUGCACUUAGAGAGGAGCGUCAAUGUUUGAAACAAGAGCAGGCUGAACUUGAAAGGCAGAGGGAAUAUCUCUCUGCUAAUCAAAGCUGGGACUCAUCAUCUUCUGCUGCUCACCGAUCUCUGCAGGAUGUCUCUGCUCCUCACAGGGCUGGAAGCCACAAUCAGCUAAAUGUUCCAAACAGUAGCACUUCUUUAAACUGUCGUCUCUCCCUGCCUGACCUUCAACAGUCAGACCUAACGGUCCAAUCCAUGAACAUUAAUCAUCACAGACCCCCUCCUCCAAUCCCCUUAUGUAAACCCUUAUCUAUUGUUGAUCAAGAAAGGCAUGGUGUGAAUGGCUUUUCAAGGCAAGGACAGCUGCAGUUGUCGUCUGAUUCUAUUCCAAUGGUUGAGUCACAUCACCAUCGACAUAAUGCAGUUGGUUUGCCAUCUGUACCUGUUGCGACCUCUCCUACAUCAUCAACAGGAAGUCAGCAGAUGACUCGUCAAACACUUCAUGCUCUGAGCGCGGCACCAAGAAGUAGGAUUAUUGCCACAGACACUUGGGUUCAAGCAAAACGUAAACCAGAAAGUCAACGAAACAGCAACCGCGACCAUUAUCAACAUUGGCUUAUACAGGUAUUUAUUUAUUCAUUAAUUGCGUCAGCUUAUUGGUCCCAUGAGCUAAAAGCUUGCAUUAAGGGGCAAUACGAAUUUUCCAUGUUAAUACAUAGGUACAAGGCGGUUGUAAAAGGACAAUAAAUAGUUAAGCAGUACCAAUAAGAUAAUUUUGAAGGUUACCAUGAUUUUACAUUCUUUUUAAAUUGAUUAAAUGACAUAUUGGUGAAUAGGGAAGGUAGUUCAUUAUACAAUUUAGUAGCAGCAUUAAAAGAAGCAUUAAGACCAUGUUUGGUGGUGUGUACUGUGGAUGUGUGCAUUUUAUUUGAUGAGCGUGUUGAGUAACUGUGAAUUUGAGAGUGUUUGGUGAUAGGGAUGUCUGAUUUUAUGAUGUUGAGAUUCAGUUUGUGAAUAUAUAUGACUGAGGAGAAUUUGACUUGUACUGAGACUGGUAAUAUGUUGGCGUUUUUGUAGACAGUUUUGGUGUGAUCAAGAUAUGGCAUAUUAAAGAUGAGCUUGAGGGCUCUUCUUUGUAUCAUCCCAAGUUCUUGUAGUUUUUCUUUGGUACAGUGCUCCCAGACUGAGAUUAGAUAUGUGAUGUCCGAGUGGAUUAAGGCAAAAUAGAUGUUCUUGGGGAUGGUAGGAUUUAGGCCAAUAUGCCGCAGCCUGCUGAGGACACCAACUACUGGGAGAAUCUUGGAUUUGAUAUGGUCGAUUUGACAUCUCGAGGUUAUUAGUGGAUGAUACCUUAUAGUUAUGGGUAUGAAAAAAAAGGUAUUUCAUUUUUUCGAGGUUUAAAAUUAGUCUGUUGAGGUCCAUCCACUUAGAUGUAGUAGUGAGGUCCUCAUUUAUUUUCUUCAUUAUAUUUUGUUCAGUGCUAUCUUCAUAUAUGAGUAGUAUGUCAUCAGCAUACAACAUCAAUCUACCAUGUAGCUUCAGUAAGGAUAUAUCAUUUAUUCAUAUUCAUAUUCAUAUUUAUUAUUUCCAAAGAACAUACAUCAUGAUACACUUCAGAAUUAUCAAUAAAAGAAAUUGGUACAAA